AUGAAGGAAAUUACCCCCAUGGUGGAAUAUCUCUCCACCGGCGCAAACAGGCACAGCGCCGUCGCCGACUGGCACACAAACGGAACACUGGCCUUUGGUGCGGAUGUUAACAUUGCUCUGUGGCGCCCAGAGCCAUCCAAACCUCGAGGCAUAAGUGCCAUAUUGAGCGGGCAUACCGGAACCGUCAAGGUUGUCAAGUUUCUGCCCAGGCGGGAAGGGGACGAGACCUCUUACCUUGUCUCGGGCGGCGAUGACUUGAAGCUCAAGCUAUGGGCAAUCAGCGAUGACCUCUCCACCUUCACAUGUCUUCAGACUGUCGACUCCCACUCUAUUGCACUGACCUGCCUCGCAGUCUUGAAGACUUGGUCCGCCUCGGGCCCCAUUAUCUUAGCGUCCGGAGGAGCAGACUACACUAUCAGGAUAUGGAAGUUUGAGUCGGGACUCAUCCACCACCUGCAGACCAUCGACACCUCCCGGGAUUCCCGCUAUUUCCCCCUCUCUCUGGCCUUGACGACGUUGGGGGACGACCCAAACACGCUGAUCCUCGCCUCGGCCGGCACGAGGAAGACCAUCCACAUCUUCGCCGCUAGCACUCUUGGCGGCGAGGCGCCAGAAUUCCAGGCCCAGGCCACCCUAUCAGGCCACGAGGACUGGAUCCGAUCCCUCGACUUCACGCUCGAGACGAACCAAGGCGCGCCGGGAGACCUUCUCCUGGCGUCCGCCAGCCAAGACAAGUAUAUCCGACUCUGGAGGCUCCACCAAGGCACCCAACUCCCCGAGCUGUCCGCCGCCGCCGCCUCGGACCCCCUCCGCAACGCCUAUCUCCCAGGCAAGGCCCCGUCCAACAAGGCUCACAGGCUCCAGGUCAGGGACAAGCACUUCUCCAUCACCUUUGAGGCGCUCCUCCUCGGCCACGAGGACUGGAUCUACUCGGUACGGUGGCACCUCGGCCCCGACGGCGUGUCCAAGCUCCUCUCCACCUCCGCCGACAACUCCCUCGCCAUCUGGGAGCCCGACUCCGUCACGGGCAUCUGGGCGAGCACCACCCGCCUCGGCGAAAUCAGCCGCGACAAGGGCGCCACCACCGCUACGGGGAGCAUCGGCGGUUUCUGGAUCGGCUUGUGGAGGGCGGACGGCAAGUCCAUGGUAUGUCUCGGUCGCACCGGCAGCUGGCGGCGCUGGGACUACAGCGAGCCCGAUGAGAGGUGGCUGCCCGCCAUCGCCGUAACCGGCCACACCAUGGCUAUCACGGGUAUCUCGUGGUCCAAGAAUGGGGAGUACCUCUUAUCGACGAGCUCCGACCAGACGACCCGCCUCCACGCCGCCUGGACGGCAGGUGGGGAGCGGCACCCGACCUGGCACGAGAUGUCCCGCCCCCAGAUCCACGGCUACGACCUCAACUGCAUCGACUCCCUACGAGACGCCGAGUUCGUCUCCGGUGCCGACGAGAAGCUGAUGCGCGUGUUCCGGGAACCCAGGGCCGUAGCCCACCUCUUGAACCGCCUCUGCGAUCUCGGCCAGACGGGCGUCGACGAGAUGCCCGACGCCGCCAACAUCCCCGUCCUCGGCCUCUCCAACAAAGCCGUCGACGCCCCCGACGACGCCUUACCCGAGAUCCCCAACUCGUACGGCGCCGGCAAUGAUCAAGGCAACAACCGAGGAGACGCCUCCGAAACCGUCGACACCGCCACGGCCGCCCUCCGCUCCGCGCUCGACAUCGACCGACCCCCUUACGAGGAUGCUCUCUCCAAAUACACCCUCUGGCCCGAGACGGAGAAGCUCUACGGCCACGGCUACGAGAUCUCGUGCCUGGCCACCAGCCACGACGGCACGCUCGUCGCCAGCGCCCCCCUCGUCGCGCACUCCCUCACCACCACGCGCGUGCGCUUCUCGCCCGACGACCGCCACAUCCUCAGCGUGGGCAGGGACAGGCAGUGGGCCGUCUUCGCCCGCGACCCGGCGGACCCCGUCCGCUACGCCCCGCUGCAGCUCAACCCCAAGGGCCACGCGAGGAUGAUUCUCGACGGAGCCUGGGCUCCUGUCUCGGAAGGCGCGCCCUCGCGUUCGCCACUGCCGGGCGCGACAAGGCCGCCAAAACGUGGGUGGCUGCGGAGAGCGAGGGCAAAUUGGAGUUUUCGCUGGCGGCGACUAUCCUCCAAGCAUCCGGUCACCGCCGUCGAUUUCCUAAGAUCGAGGGGUAAAGACGGUCAUUAUGUCCUGGCCGUAGGCAACGAGGCUGGUCAAGUUUCGGUCUACACUCUCGAUCCUCUCAACCUAACAGUUGUUUCGGAGCAGCACCUCGACCCAUCGCUUUGUCCGUCCAAGUCGAUUCUGCAGCUUGCAUGGCAACCCACAAAGGGUGAUGCGCCGCCUGGCCAUGCUCUUGCCAUAGCGAGCGAGGACACUUGCUUGCGAAUUUACCGCUUUGAAGAAAUCUAG